UGGCAUGGAGGCCGCAAAGCCGUGCUGGCAUAAAGGUGGGGCAGGGCCAAUUAUUGCAAGCCUCGGAGGCCUCGUGCGCCCUGGUACGCUCGCCCGGUAGCCAACAAAUAGGCCAGGAGCAGCGCCCAGCGGCGAAACGCAUCUCGCCGCGCAGGGCCGAGCACCAGUGGUGUAACAGCCUCGGGAGCCGCCGAUAACGAUGGCGAGCGAGAAGAAGGACGACCUCGCGACGGUGGAGCUGGGCGACGACGACGAGGCGCCGCCGCGCGCGAACCCCUGCGAAGGUUUGAACACUUUCCUGAGGAACAACGCCGAGGUCCUCGAGCGAGCCAAAGCUCUCACGGCGCGGCUGUCGUCGGCCGCCGGGCGGGCCCGCGGGUUGUUUGCUGCUCCUGCUUUAGGUAGAGAUUAUGCCCAGGUCGACGUCUUGGACGUGACGGUGGAGAACGGCGCUACGACUGGUACCUUCUCGCUGAAAACGAGAGCGCGCUUCGAGGGCUGCGCCGUGGACCUGACCAUUGCGGGUAGCUCGCUAUCGAGGACACCUAGGGACUUUGAAUGGCUACGGGGCUGUCUGCGGGACGAGUACCCGGGAUGCGUCGUGCCGCCCAUCGCGUCGGACGUCUACGCGAACGCGCCGACGGCCGCGGACGCUCUCGAGAGAUUCUUAGCGCAGUGCCUGGCCCAUCCCGAGUUAGGUAAGGCUCCUGAAUUAGCUUGCCUGUGUGCCGCCGACGCUACCGAGUUAAAUGAUGCCCGGUCGGCCUUUGCUGCGGCGAGAGAGCAGUCGCCGCUCCAUGUGAGAUGGGGCGCCGUCGUGCUGGAUGUCGUCGGUAAUGAUACCGCAGUAGGCCAAGAACUCAUCGAGGACGACCCUGCGGCCCUAGCCACGGCGAAACGCCGAGAAGCCGAUGUGAGGGAGCUCUACACGUGGGCGCGGGCCCAAGCUUAUGAAAUAGGUCGCGCCGAAAGGGAAGCGACGCGGGGAGCCGACGCCCUGCGCCAGUUCGAGGAGGCCGCUGGAAGAACCAAAGCGGCUUUAGCUGCCCGCUUCAAGCAGGGCAAGGAGACGAGGGUGGGUGAGGUGACGCCGAAGGCGGAGGAGCCGGCGAGCGGCGUCUCCGGGCCGGCGACGUCGCUCGCCGCGCUGCGCGAGAUGGUCGGGCUGGCGAAGGCUUUAGCCGAGGCCGUGGAAUCCCGCGAUCGGGUUAGAUUGCAGUACGUGUGCGCGAGGAACGCCUUACAGCUCAACAAGGCUUCUAGGACCGCAAGAGAUCGGUUAGGCACGGUGUCCGAGACGACCGCCGAAAGCGCCGAGUCGUUAGCUGCGAAAGCGGCCGAGAUCGACACGUCCGCGCCGCCACCUUCUACAGAACCGCCGCCGGCGCCGACGCUCGCCGAGGCCGCCGCGGAGGUGCGCCUGGCCCAGGGCGCGCCCGAGGACGAGGUCGUCCAGGAGGAGGACUACAAGCAGAAGGCCCUGCAGUUGUAUGGGAGUUUGCGGGAGAAGGUCGUGACCUACGCGUCGACGGGCGCCGAGUACGUCCGCGAAAGAUUGCCGGACCAGGUUCCUGAGCGGCAAAGGGUCAUCGCCAUGGCGCAGAAGGGCGCUACCAUCGUGGCGUCGUUGGGUCUGCGCGUGGCGUCCGUCGCCGCGACGGGCUCGGCGCGGCUGCAGGCCGACGAGGAGUCCGUGGAAAACGCGGAAAAAUUGGUGCGAGACCUCGCGGAGCAGUUCGACGCGGCGGACGCGCGGCUGCGGGCCGACGCGCUCAAGCUCAAGGCGACGUGGGACGACCUCCAGCUCCAGGCCUACGACGCGUUCGUGCGCGGCGAGGCGUCGCGCGCCGACACGGCGCGCGCGGCGGCGGACGGCGCGGCGCUUUCAUUGGUCCACCUGAAGCACGAGGCCUCCCAGGAGUCGACGGACUGAGCGCUCGUAGGUUCCCCUCCCCCCGUAACACCACGAGUUCCCAUGAA